GCCUAUUGAAGCUCACUGACACAACCAAUUGGAGAGGAGGAUAGAAAGUCGUCCGUUAAGAUAUUUCGUUGAAUAUACGUGUGGCCUUCAUGGAGUUUGAUGCAGGUGCGAUGUUCCAACACCAAAGUGCAAAAGUACUGUCGAACACAUCAACAACAUAAACCCUUCCUCGAGUUAGAGAUUCGAGUACUGAGGAGGAGUGAAGAUCAUCAUCGUCUCGGUUCUUCUUUAACAACGUUUCUCGUACAAAAAAGUGUAAUUUUCAUUGAAGAACUGCCAAAGAAAAUGUCUAAUGACUGCUUUCAAGGUGUUUCAAAUUGUUAUGUUUUCAAGAGUCGGUUGCAAGAGUAUGCUCAGAAAGUUGGACUUUCUACACCUGUAUACGAGACUAUUAAGGAAGGACCUUCCCAUGAGCCUUCCUUUAAGUCAACGGUAAUAGUGAAUGAUGUUAGAUAUGAUUCUCUGCCUGGAUUUUUCAAUCGUAAAGCUGCAGAACAGUCAGCGGCUGAGGUUGCUCUGCUGGGACUAGCUGACGCUGGGAAAAUAAAUGAAUGCAUUUCUCAGCCAGUG